AUGUCGAUCGGAGAUAUCCUGUCGCAGAGGUUCCUCACUGAAAUGAGGCGCGGAACUGGGUUGGUCUUGGUUGCAACGCUGGGGUCGCUAAGGGAGGCGACCAGCUUUACCAUGUUGUCCGGUCUGAGAAGGACCGGUGCAAGGCGCGGGAUGAUGGCCUUCCUUGGCUCGACGGGGGUGCCGUCCUCGUCCAGCACGCCGAAGGCUUCGUCUCGGUGGGUAAGCACGGCGGUGAUGUCGGCAUCGGCUCAGAGCGUUGUGUCCGACGGGCCUUCGCUCUCCGUCAGCAAGAGAAAGGAGUCAGUGGCACACGACGCCUAUGACGUCGUUGAGGAGGACUUCGUAGCGGAGUACGGGGCCACCACCACGCUCUACAAGCACAAGAAGUCCGGGGCGGAGGUGCUGAGCGUCCAGAUCGACGACGACAACAAGACUAUCUUCCCCGACAACGCUUACGGCGUCGACUCCGGAGGAGACCCGACCGCUAUCCCCAGCCUGACUUUCGAGUACUUCAAGGGCUUCCACCAGCGAUUCUACCACCCGGGCAACAGCCGCGUCUACUUCUACGGAGAUGACCCUCCGCUCAAGCGUCUGGAGCUUCUGGACGGCUACCUCUCCGACUUCGACGCGUCUGGCGCUGACACUAGCGGAUCGCAGGUUCAGUGGCAAAAGAAGAAGACAGAGCCGUGGAGGGUGACGGAGGAGUUCCCCGCCGGAGAGGACAGCAAGGGCAAGCACAUGGUGUCCGUGAACUGGCUGCUGAACGACGAGCCCCUCUCCGUCAAAGACGCGCUAGCGCUCGAGCUCACCGACGACCUCCUGGUGGGCACGUCGGCGGCCACCCUCCGCAAGGCCCUCACCGACAGUGGUCUCGGAGAGAGCGUCAUCGGGGGCGGGCUGAGCUCGGAGCUGUUGCAGAACACCUACAGCAUCGGCCUCAAGGGAGUCUCUAAGGAAGACGUCCCGAAGGUCGAGGCUCUCGUGUUGGAAACCCUUCAGAAGAUCGCCGAGGACGGUUUCGACCAGGAGGCCAUCGACGCCUCCAUCAACUCCGUAGAGUUCAACCUCAGGGAGUUCAACACCGGCUCUUUCCCCAGGGGCCUGUCUUUCAUGCUCGGAGCGAUGAGUGACUGGGUGUACAACCGAAACCCCACGGAGAGUCUGCACUUCGAAGGCCCCCUCAAGGAGCUCAAGGAUGACCUCGCCUCCGGGAAGAAGGUGUUCGAGGGCAUCGUGAAGAACAUGCUCGUAAACAACGGCCACCGCGCCACCGUCGAGAGCGUACCCAACACCGAGCUCGAGGCUGCUAUCGACGGCAAGGAAAAGGGAAAGCUGGACGAGGUCAAGAAGAGCAUGUCCGAACAGGCAUCCUCUACGCCGACGUCGGGGUAGACCUGAGCAACAUCCCUCUCGAGGACA